CAAAUCAGCAAUGCGAUGAUCACAAGGAUUAUUUUGGAUCCGUGGUGGGAGCACUGAGGAUCAUACAAAGGAUCAGACUGCUGACACGGGUUACAUAUGAUACCAGGUGCAUGCUGGGAAUGUGUGCAGGAUGAGCAGCACAUUUGUAACAUUAGCUGAAGUGCUGGAGGCUCGAGGGGGCCCUCUGCUGGAGGAGGAGGUGUGGUCUCUGCUGCUGGCCACUGCAGAGUCUUUAGUGGAUGUCUCUUAUAAGGGUCAGAACAAUAUGUGUAACAUCAUAAGCCCCACCUCCCUGCUGCUGUCAGCCACUGGUAGCUUAGCAUUUAAAAACUGUGGCCUAUCAGACGAGGUUUCCACCUUCACUGCUCCGGAGAUGCUGCAGGGCCGCGCCUGCUCAACCAAACCUGCCAUAGAGAGGAUGCUGGUGUAUUCACUGGGUAUGACUCUCUACUGGUCAGUUGAUUUUCACCUACCUCAAAAUCAGCCAGUCCAGUUGAGCGACCAUCUGAACAGCCUCCUCCUCAGCAUGUGUGAAGAUCUAUCCCACCGCAGACUCAAUCUUAACUCCAUCCUGGAAGCCUGCGAGUCUCAGCACAAAGCCUCCGUCCUGCCUCCGCCUGCCAAAGUCAUCAGACAGCUGGUGGAGGAGGUUUUUCAUGAAUCAAUGGACCAGGGUUCUCUUCCUGACAGUAACGUCCCUUUGAGCGGCCGGAGUCAGAUGAUUAGAGAGAGACUUCAUGGAAAGAGGGGGCAUUUUUCAGACUUCAGCGAGGGGAGCACCGAGGGGAGGAGAUACUCAACGGACUCUGACUCAAAGUCAGGGAGUUUACCUCAGAGACCUUGGAGACGAAGACCAAGGAGCUCUCCCACACCGCUGUACCAUUCUUCUAUAGACAGACUCCCUCGUGGGGUUCGUCACAGGGACAGUAACUGCAGUUGGCUUGGCGGGAGCCCCCACCACAACAUCUCUCCCAAGACGUCGGGUAGAUCUCAGAGUCCCUCCAUCACCUUCAGCGAGUCCUCGCUUAGCCUAAGCCAGAGGAAAGCAAAGGCUUUGGGUCCUGAGUUCGUCAGGAUGCCAGAUGAACAACAAAUUGUCCUCGAGCUUCCAGGAUCUAUCGUGUCCAAAAAGGGCCGUUCAUGCUCGUCUCAGAGAGAAGUGACUGUGGUGCUGCCUAACGGACAGUAUGUGGUGGUUCGCUGUGACAUUAAGUCCAAAGCACGAGAUGUGUUUGACAUGGUGGUGGCUCACGCUAACUUGGUGGAGCAUUUCUACUUCGGUCUUGCCUUCUUAGAUGAUGAUGAAUAUUUCUUUGUAGACCAUGAAACAAAAAUCUCCAAAGUUGCUCCUGACAGCUGGAAAAAAGGACAGAUAACCUCCUUUUUGGUGUUUCUUCGAGUUAAAUUUUUCGUUGAUGACAUCUCCUUCAUUUUACACAGACUGACUCGUCACCAGUACUACUUACAGCUGCGUAAGGAUAUCUUAGAGGACAGACUCUACUGUAAUGAGGAGACUGGCUUGUUUUUAGUCGCUCUUGCUUUGCAGGCUGAGUUUGGGGACUACAUGCCAGAGCUGUAUGGAAAGAAUUAUUACCAGCCAGAGCAUUAUGUGUCCAAGAGGAUGUUGGAGAAGCUGGCCCUGCCUAAUAUCAAGGAAGAGUUGCCAAGAUUACAUGCAAGUCACGCCCAGAUGCUCCCUGAAGAGGCUGAGACUGAGUAUCUAAAGAUUGCCCAGCAGUUACCAGAGUAUGGGGUAAUGUUCCACCGUGUUGGGAGAGAGAAAAGGCCGGUAAUGGGAGAGUUGGUUUUGGGGGUCUGUGCCAAAGGAAUUGUUGUGUAUGAGAUGAAGAACCACAUCCGGACUGUCACUAGGCGCUUCCUCUGGAGGGAAACAGACUCCAUAUCAACUGGGAGACGUAAACUGAUUAUUGAGUGUGGUGGACCCAGUGGCAGAAAGCACAGUUUUGUAACAGAAAGCUCAAGAAUAGCACAGUAUCUCUUGAACCUCUGCUCAGCACAGCACAAGUUUCACAGUGAGAUGACAUCACGACAACUUAACCACACCUUGAUACCAGAUGAAAACAUGGACAAAUACCUGUCAGCCUACCACAGUCGUAACCUGAACUUAAAGCGGAUGUCGUGCUCAGAGGGCAUGCUCAACCAUGUUGGUUUAGCACCUGAUCAGCCAGACUCCAUGUCUAAGUCCUGUGAUGACCUGACUGCUAAGCUUGAGGCUCGGCUACGCCAGCAGAGAGAGAUGAGAAGGGAGAUGAGUAGAGAGCUAAACAAGGAGCUCCCUGACUCAGGAGAGCACAGGGACACAAGGGAGCGGCAGUGGAGCACUCCAGAGCCGAUUCCCAGAGUGAUGUCCAGUGUGUCGCUUCAGAAGCAGGACUCUGAUGCAUCUUCCUCCAUAAGAGUUGAAACACCAACCAGGACCCCUCCAGAAAGAGAGAUAGUCUGUGUGAACCUAAAGAAAGAUCCCAAACUUGGUUUUGGCUUUGUGAUCGUUGGCGAGGACAAUACAGGUAAACUCGACCUUGGGAUCUUCAUUGCUUCCAUUGUGCCCGAUGGACCUGCAGAUAAAGAUGGACGGAUCAAACCAGGUGGACGUCUUAUUUCCCUCAACAAGACCAGUUUGGAGGGAGUGACAUUCAGUGAUGCUGCAGCGAUCUUACAGAGUAGCCCUGAUGAGGUGGAGCUUAUUGUGUCCCAGCCUAAACAGUCUCUCAAGGACAGUAAGAGCUCCUUGAGUCAAAGCACUCUUGGUUUGGCGCUGGAGAAGAGCUUUGGGUCACAGACCACACUAAGCGGCACAGAGUACCGUCCUGCCAUGGAGGAGCUGGAGGAGGCCAUCACCCUGUCUAGCCUGGCAACCCCAAAACAAAACAGAAGGCUCCACAUUCCUGUUGUCAGAAUUCAUGAUGCUCAGGAUGUGUGUUCCAGGUCCCCGUCUAUCCUGAGCCUGAAAACUGGGGAGCGCUUUGUGGUGGAGUUGAAGAAAAGUGGUGGCAGUCUGGGCAUGAGCGUUGCUGGAGGGAUAAACACCAACGUGCGAUUUGGAGGCAUCUACAUCAAGAGUCUGGUGCCUGGAGGAGCUUCAGAGCAGGAUGGACGCAUUCAGAUAGGUGACAGACUGCUGGAGGUUGAUGGAACCAACCUGAGGGGCGUGACUCACCAACAAGCUGUCGAGUGCCUGAAGAAGACUGGAGAUGUGGUGACCCUGCUGCUAGAAAGGGAGCCAACCAUAAUACUGGAGCCCAGACCUGAAUCUCCCUGCCCCCUUUUGGCCCACAGUCCAUCACACACACAGCCCCCCAGGACUGAAGUCUCCAUGGAAACGACCUUGAGUGGUCGAGCCAAGGACUACAGCUUUGUGACUGAUGAAAACACACAUGAAGUAGUGCUGAAGAAGAGUUUGUCGGGCCUUGGCUUCAGCUUCAACAUCUGCCGCCUGCAUGCGGGGUCUGAAAGUGGCAGCGUGGUCCGCAUCAAGCGGCUGUUCCCGGGUCAGCCGGCGCUGGAGAGUGGCCUUCUUCGAGAGGGGGACAUCAUCCUGUCAGUGAACAAGGAGCCCGUCAAGGAUCUCUCCUACCAGAGAGUUUUGUUCUUGUUACGAGGAGCUCCGUCUGAAGUUCAUCUGCUGAUCUGCCGGCCUGGUCCUGGAGUACUGUGUGUAGUAGAUGAUAACACGCUGAGUCCUGCAUCCUUCAGAGAGGUUCGAUCUCGUUCUCUGGACAUCAAACUAGGAGAGGAUUACAGCCAGCUGCUUAAGUAUCAAUGUGAUAUCAAAGUACCCAUCCAGAAGCCACCCCCCGCCCCGGAGGAAGAUCUUACCGCCACCACCGAGAAAAGCUCAGAAGCUCCUGCUGCUCCAGCACCCCUAGAGAACCAGGAGAGUGUUGACGCCGAAGUCCAGACCAAUCAGCCUCUACCGUCUCCCCCUCGCUCGCCUCCAUCGCCUACCUCACCUCCAUCACCACCAUCACCUGUUUCACCAGCCUCCCCUCUCUCUCCAGCAUCACCUGCCUCACCAGCACCGGGCUCUCCUCCAGCUCCAUCAGAGUCAGAGCCAGCUGCCGGGAAACAACCAGAGGAAGAGGUGGAAGCAAAGAAGAGCAAGAACGAAGGAGAGGAUGAGGUUGCAACUACAACAAGCUCUCUAGUGACGCCCAUGGAUGUCUGUCCUAAGACUGCUUCCAGCUAUGUUUAUUCCAGUGGUAUCCGAGAGGAGGCAGAUGGAAGUGUGACGUACUGCCUGAUGGGAAAUGGACUGACCAUCAUGGCUGAUGAAGAGUACCUGACCAUCAGCUCCACUCUGGAGCCUCCUCACAACUUUCCCUCCAAUCUCACCACUAACACUCCAUCAACCGACCUCUCAGCCACCCACUCUCAAACCUCGAACACCUCGUCUGGUUUCAGCUCUCAGAACCCAAACCCCGGCCCUCACAUCCCCACCACAAACAUCUCACCGCUCGGCCUCUCGUCUGAAACCCCGACCACCUGCCCCCUGACCCAGCCGCUUACAACGCAGCCGCCCAAAGCCAAGCACCACCCGAUCCAGCAGGGGCUUCUCCCUAGUCACUACAAAGCCAUGUCAAAGAGCAGCAGGCCUCUCGUGCCUCCACCCCAGCCUCCUGCUCCAUCACUGACACCCAUCACAGCCCAGGUCAUGUCCUCUGUGCCUCUCUGUGCCAGCCCACCUGCACCAACGCUGCCACCCCCAGUGCUGACCCCUAUCGGUCAGGGCCACACACCAGUGAGGGAAGAACCAGAGAAGAGAGAGAGGGAAUACAAGGAUGAUGAUUUGGAUGAGGAGGAGGAAGAGAGUCGAAGAAAGGGUUUGGUCAAGGAGUUUGAGUUGACUGUAGUUCUGAGCAAAUCCAGGAGUGGAAGCUUUGGGUUCACCAUCACUCGCAGCAAACUUGACAACUGCUACUACAUCCAGGAAAUCCUUGACAACCCGGCCAAGUCAGACGGGCGACUCCGAGCAGGGGACAGGCUCAUCACUGUAAAUGGGCACAAUGUCACCAAUGUUGCAGAUGAUGUUGCCAUGACAAUUCUCAGGUCAUCUCCACGGAAACUGAGUAUGACUUUGGGAAGAGCAGUUACCAACCUGGUGGCCCCGCCUCCCUGUGAUAGUCUACCUGAUAUUGUUCUUUAUAAGACUCCUUCGGGGCAGCUCGGUAUUAAGCUGACAGGUGGCAUUGGCAGCAAAUGGCAGGGCAUCUACUGUCUGGAGGUUGUGCCAGGCUCUCCAGCCAGCGAGGAAGGCAGUGUCCAACCAAACGACAAGAUCCUCUACAUCUGUGGCAGGUGCACGCUGGGAAUGACCCUGGAGGACGCUGUCAAAGCCUGUGAGAUUGCACCGCGUAAGGUGAAACUAAAAGUCAUCAGAGAGGAGCAACCAGUGACCCCCAAGGCUAAAUGGAACGGUUUGUUUGACUGGAAAAAGGACAGGAAGUUCUUUGCUCGUUUUGAAGAGCCGGUCUCUCCAGAGAGACUCUCUCCUACUGAAGAUGCUGAAGCCGUGUGCAGGACUGCUGGGAAUUUCAGAUGUCUUCCUUUCACCCAAGAUCAAGAUAGUUGCAUCAUGCAAGUGGAGUUCACAAAACCAGAGGGAGGAGGCCUCGGCUUUGCUUUGGUAGGGGGAACUAACGGCAGCAUGCUCCGAGUAAAAGAAAUCUGCUCUGGUGGAGUAGCUGAGCAGGAUGGCCGACUGAGAGUGGGAGAUAUUCUUUUAGAGGUAAAUGGUGUGAUAGUAUCCGGUCUGAGCCACAGUAAAGUGGUGGACAUCCUGCGUAAAGCAGAGGGCUCCGUUCAGCUCACGAUCUGCAGAGACAUCUUACCCCUGACCUACUCUGAGGCACCCACACCGCCCAACAUGUCUGCCCAGACUGAAGCUAUUCGAGCUGAGCAGCCGGCUCCUGUGACCAGCCCUGAUGCCAGCUCCUCCCCUGAUGCUGUGCUGAAUAAGCCAGUCGAGCGCCCUCCUGAGGCAACGUCAGAUCCUGUGCUCAGUGAUGCUGGUGUAGUUCUCACAUCACCUCCUCCGCCUCCACCUCACCGCCUGACUGUUGUUACAGAUGAAGCUGCAAUCAGACAGGAGAGCUGUGAAAGCACCCCUUCUCAUCAAGCUUGCUGCCCAUCCCUCAAUGUCACUGACAUGUUGCAUGGAGCUUCUGACAGGAAACAAAUUGUGACCAAACUUUUGGACCAGUCCUGUAAAGACAUCCGGAAAACUCAGUCAGACGGCUGGAGCAGUGAAGAGGAAGAUGAUGAUGUGUUUGAAGCCACUGAUUUCGAAACAGCCUCACCAUUAACAGGCCCACCCAUAGUAUCAGAGGAGGAACUGGCCAGUUUAGCAGUCAUUAGCCCCUCUAAGACUAGCCAGUACUCAGGUUCCAGGGUCAAAGCUCUCAUCCAGAUCCUGCAGCAUCAACUGGACCAACAGGAACUGGUCAAAGAAUUCAUGGCUCUGGAGCAUCUGAAGCCCUCUGACAACUGUGUGGUGGGAAAAGCUCCCGAGAACAGAGAUAAGAACCGCUACAGAGACAUCCUACCAUAUGACAAAACUCGUGUUGCCAUCGGAGACAACCAGGACUACAUAAACGCCAGCUUCAUUCGCAUGCACUUUGGCAAUGAGGAGUUCUUUUACAUCUCCUGCCAGGGCCCUCUACCCUCCACGGUGCCAGCCUUCUGGCAGAUGAUCUGGGAAAAUAAAUCUGACGUCAUCGCCAUGAUGACCCAGGAAGUAGAGCGGGGAAGGAUCAAAUGCCACAAGUACUGGCCAGAGAGGCAGAGCGUGCCUUUGGACACGGGCAGGUACCAAAUUCACCUGGAGAACAAGCAGCACCUGGAGUACUUCCAUAUCAAGGUCAUACGCAUGGUGGAGACAGAGACAGGUGAGAUCCACUUUGUCCGUCACCUGAAGUUCACACACUGGCCUGACCACGGCGUGCCGCACAGCUCAGAGCAUCUUGUUCGCUUCAUCCGCUACCUGAGAGCGGUGCAUCACAAAGGACCGGCCACCGUGCACUGCAGCGCCGGCAUCGGACGUACAGGAGUCCUCAUCUGUACUGACAUCAUCCUCAGCCUCAUCGAGAAAGAUCUUCCUAUUGAUGUGACUGAAAUCGUAAAAGAGAUGAGGCUUCAGCGGCAUGGGAUGAUUCAAACUAAGGAACAGUAUCUCUUCUGCUACAAAGUCUGGUUGGAGGUUUUACAGGGCAUUUUACAGCUUCACGGCAACCAAUGGCAACCGGAAAGUCCCAGAGACCACAAAGUAGUCUGAAUUUUUUUCCACGUCCAGUUCACCUAUGUGUAAAGCACAGACUGUUUUAGGAACCACAUGGGGUUUAUCACAGCCCAGACUGGAGAGAUCUCUUUCUUUGAUUGUAGUUUAGUGUAGUUAGCUUUAAUAUGGAAGCUGUUCUCUGUUUUGAUACUUUGUGUUGAGCCCUUUUGUUAUUGACUAUUUUUGGUUCUCUAUGUGCUCUCGGUGCUGUGUUUAUUUAGUUCACUGAGGUUGUUUUGCCUUCUGUCUCUAGCAACUUCUCAAAUCUGUCACUUUCUGAAUGUAUCUCAUUUAUUUUCUCCCCUUGUCCCUACUUUUUUGCAACUUGCAUUCAUUUUUUAACUCAAACUGCAUGGAAUUCAAAAAUCUGAUAUUAUUCACAUCUUUGAACUAGCAGUGUUUUUUAUUAACAUCAAAAUGCACAAGUGUCCAGUGAUCUCAUCAUAGCCGAAGGAGAAUCUGUUGGUAACCUUGAUGAGUGAGUAGCGUUUGAUUAAGCAUUAUCAUUUCAUUAAGUGCAUUCGUACCCUGGAGAUAAAGGGCAUUAGCAAAAGAACACUAUUGAUUUUUCAGUUCAUCAUCUAAGGGAAUGAAAAGACUCAAGUGCCUUGGAAUGACUCACACCGUUUGCUCCGCAUCGACCCGAGCCACUUGUCGCAGGCGGUCAGGGAUGAAGAGCAAGAAAUUGAUUUAAGAGCUUGUUUGUUGUCAGAGGGGAAUGUUUGGUCCAACCAAACCAGAGGAGGGUUACAUCUCACCUUUAAGUUAAACUGCAACCAAGAAACAAUGUGAAGUUUGCACACCGCCUGGCAAUCUUUUUGGUUUGUUUGUGGGCCCAUUUUAUACAAAUCACAAUGAAAGUCUAACACAUAAUCACAACUUGCACAUCCUAAUACAGAUAAAGAAUGAUUCGACUUAACAAAAGUUUGGAUAAAUUCAUGAAUUUUCAAUUCACUCUUUUGCAAAGACUUCAAUCAGAUUUUUAAAAUGUACAAAAGUGGUUUAAAUAAUUAGUUUAGCUGUAAUUUGUUAUAUGAAAGCAUCCUUUAUCUGUAUUCCAUAGCUAUUUUAAUACAAACUCAGCCAAAAAUGCAAAAAAUACAACGAUGAGGUUUACAAUCUUUCAAUUUUGCAACUUCGGAUGUACAAAGCAAAAGAGCUACAUCUCAAAGUCAUGGAUGAUUUACAGGCUUGAACCUCAGUCUUUGGAUGUAGCUGCUUGUGAGCUUCGUUCUUUUAGCUGCUAUCACACACAAACACUUCCGCUCACACACCAGCUCUCGUAUUGCAUGCAGACUCUUAAAGUACAGACGUCUGAGCCUGGAGAAUGACUUGAUCAAAAAUGUGGAAUGUAACAAAGCAAUACCCUUCAAGAAGAAGAGGGGAGAUCAGAAUGUCAACCUCUUAUCUGCUAACAUCUUCCAAAGAGUUUGGGGCAUGUUGGCUAGACAUAUGCAGUACUUUACCUUGUAGCCAUGUGGAUGGCUGUGUGGAGCCGUCAGCCUCCGCUCUAUGGAUGCUACAUCCUUUCAUUCGAUGCUGCUCGGUUGGUUUCCAGUGACGGGAAAGCCUCUGUUAUGUGCAAGUUCAUGCUCUCUUUGAGAUCCUGUUGAUACGUUUUCUCCCUAAAAAAGAUUAUUAUUGAAAGAGCACAUUUUGCAUUCAUCUGUGAAAAGGCAUCUUGUACAGUCAGAGCAAGUGCUUAUGCAACAAACAGCAUUGUGAAAUGUAAUAACCUUAAUUGCACAACAGCUUAUUUAUGCUAAAUUAAUGUACAAGCCACUAUGUAACCAAUAACUGAU